AGAGAGAGAGAGAGAGAGAGAGAGAGAGAGAGAGAGAGAGAGAGAGAGAGAGAGAGAUCCGUUCGACCUCAGCACACGUCCACGACGGAUGGUUUUGGCGGCGCGUGCUGAUGUAGGAGGUAGCGAUUUCUGGGGCAAGUUGCUAUCGCUCAAGAUUGUUGACCUUUCAAACAAUCUUCUUGAAGGAGGGAUCCCCACCUCAUUCACAUCUUUGGGAAAUCUUACUCAGCUGAGUUUGGAUAACAACAACCUGAGCGGGCAGGUUCCCCCGACGCUCAAGACCAAGCCGAAUUUAUACCUGAGCUAUUCCGGGAAUUCCCUGCUAUGUGAGGCUCCACAGAUUUGCGAAGAACAUGCUCCGGUGUUUGAUUUGCCCCCGAUUUCAUCGGUGGGACCUCCAGUGCAUAUCAAGAAAGGAUCAUCAUCAAACAAGACUGGGAUGAUGAUCGGUAUGGUGUGUGCCGGUGCAGUGGUUGCACUGAUUAUAGUUGCUGCCGCCAUAGUUGCUGGAAGGCGAAUGCGGAGAAGGAAUCCGAGUCCCGAUCCUACUGCCAUUCCUCAGACCAACAGUUCUGGACUAUCCGUGCAGACGCCGAGGAAACUCCUCGGCAAUCCAGACACACAGACAAGUACAACCUGUACACAUUCCAAUGCAGGUGAGUCACGGAUUCCUGAUCUUCCAUUUACGGUGAAGCAGUACACACCAGAACAGAUCAGGGAGGCUCUGGCGGCUGGCACACGACUCAAAAUGGACGACGAGUCCUCAUUUUUCUUAGCACAGAUCAACACUGACGCCGUGAUAAUCAAAAGGAUUUCUUGCAGAGAUGAGGAUGACAUCUUCGCUUUCCGUAAGGAAGUGGAUGUUCUCUCUCGUAUACAUCACCGAAAUCUCCUCCGCUUCCUUGGGUGUUGUGUGCGCCCUGGCAGUGAGGCCAUCGUCUUUGAGAGCACCGGCUAUGGCACGCUCUACGAGGCACUCCAUGGUAUCGUGAAGAAGACUAAUCCUCUGUUAUGGCAUGAGAGACUGGACGUCUGUGUUGGCAUUGCUUCCGCGCUAUAUUAUCUUCACACCCAGGUUAUGCCAGUAGUCGUUCAUCGUAACAUCAACACCUCCAACAUUGUGCUGGAUAAGAAGUCGCAACCAAAGCUCGCAAAUUUUUCGUUCUCAAGGUCUAUGGUGGAGAAAACUGGUACUUGUGUCGGAACGCUCACUGAAGUGAAAGGGACAACCGGCUAUGUUGACCCUGAAUAUGAACAAACGGGAAAUUUGACAAGUGCUAGCGACAUUUUCAGCCUCGGAGUUGUCCUGCUCGAGAUCUUGACCGGGCGGCAUGCGAUUGUCCUCUGCGAGACAACCAGACGUCAGAUUCCUCUUGCAGAUUGGGUCCGGCCAUUGCUCGAGCAAGACGCAAUCGAGAAGGUGCUGGACCCCACUCUUAGGCCAUCAUCAAAAACAGGGCUUGGAUCUAAAGGAAGCCUUCAAGCAGACUUAGAGGCUGCAUGGGCAAUCGCAGAUUGUGCGAUUCGUUGCUGUGAACCAUCAGGCAUACAUCGGCCGACCAUACAUGAGAUCAACAACGAAUUAGAAAGGAUCAGGAAGGCCGUUCGGCGAGGAGCACCAUCUGCGCAAAAGUACUCCGACUCCUACGCCAGUUCCCCCGGAAGCAUACAUCAUUCACGUUCGUCGGUGUCAGCCAACCCAGCAUCUCAGGAUACCGUGUCCGAAGGACGCUGUUCGCAUUGACUUGACGAUAAGCAUAGCAGGUUUGUAGUUAUCAUGGGACUGACGUCAGGGCAGACUCCGGAGCGGAUUUGAAGGCAGACUCCAGAACGGAUUUCAGGGCCGAGUCCGGAGUUGAUUUCGGGGCGCUGCACGAGGUGGGCGGCGGUGAUGGCGCUGUGAUCACCAUUGUGAGUUGGCUUCAGCCUCCUGAUGCGUCUGUGAAACUCCGACGGAUUGCAGCCACUCGG